ACGGCCCGCAUUGUUCUUGGGCCCACACGUGUGUGCUGGCCGAGGAAAAUCAAAUUGCCACGUGACAAUUGUCUAAUGAAUAUUCAAUAAUCAAACACCAUCUCCCCAAGAAAAAGUGAAAAAGGGUCGUAAUACAUACAUAAAACGACAAAUUUACAGACAAUAUGCCACGAAUCUUCCCUCCAUUUGCAUGCACUAUUUAUACAACGUGAAAAAGCCCAUCACCACAAAAUAUCAUCACCUAAUUCUUUGUUUCUCUCUCUCUUCUUUCUCUCUCUAGAAUUAGAAACUUCCAAAUUAACCAACAACAACAAUGGCUGCAACUAGGCUGCUAAGAAUGUCUAAACCAAUAGGUCUAAUUGGCGUUACCAAUGAAGCUGUUUCAUUAAUGGUUUCUAGGCCUAGGUCAUUAAUGUGUCUCAACAAAGUAGGGCUGAGUUCCGAGAAUCCACCGGCCGGUGGCGGUGGAGAGAGGAAACCGGUGGCGGCAAAGGCGGCCGGACGUGCUUCAUCGUCUUGCCUACUCGUUUCGGAACCGAAGACGGAUAAAGGAAUAAUAGAUUUGAACUUGAUAUUGUCAUACGUUGCUAGUGUAAUGUCUCGUUGGAUGAAAUUCGUCACGAAACGAAGGGUGUACCGGAGGUUUCAUCUGCAGAUGUUUGUCGAGAAGGCUAUAGUUGAUUGUAGAUUCUUAACACUACUAGGGGUUGCUGGAUCUCUGCUUGGUUCAGUGCUCUGCUUUGUUGAGGGGUGUUUUCUGAUUAUGGAGUCAUAUUUUCAAUAUUUUCAUUCGAUUUCGCAAAUGUUGGACCAAGGACAUGUCGUGAUCCUACUACUCGAAGCCCUCGAUAUGUUCCUAAUGGGCACAGCAAUGCUUACUUUCGGAAUGGCUUUACACGUAAUGUUUGUCGGACAAGAAAAUCGCAAAGGCAAAGGAUCGAACCAUUCAAAUUCAACUUCAUCCAUGAAUUACAAUCUCGAUAAACUGUCGUCGUGGAUAGGAAUGGAAUCUGCCGUGCAAGCAAAGUCGAAAAUCGGGCAUGCUGUAAUAAUGAUUCUUCAAGUACAAGUGUUGGAGAAGUUCAAGAGCAUACCGGUGACUAACGGUGUGGAUCUUGCCUACAUGGCGGGUGCCGUUUUUCUAUCCGCUGCUUCUGUUUUCCUUCUCUCUAGAAUUGCUGUUUCUCAUGCUGUGACCGAAAUAUAAAUACGGGAUGUAUCGUAAAUUCGUUUAUUCAAUUGGGUACAGUUUCUAGACACACAAGUAACAUAUAGUUCGUGCUGUAUAGAAAGUAAAGAAGGGCUGUUGUAAUAUUCAGUAUAAUUAAGACAUUCUUUUAUUCUUCGAUUUUUGUAAUUUGCUGCAGUGCUUCAUGUUAUAUAGAUUUUUUGUUUUUA